AUGGGGUGGUUUAAUGCAGGUUCUAGUGUGGCAAGGAUUGUCAUCAGGAAAUCUCUAUCUCAGGGUGGAUCAUAUUUGACAAGAAGGCAGACCAUGCCCUCAAAGAAUCUGAGUUCUCAUAGUACAAUCUUUAGAGUGAUGGCACACACUGCAUCUGUCCUUCCUUCUGUGCCUCUCUCCGGACGAACUGAUAAUUUUUUAGAUGGCGCGAGUAGUGUGUACAUAGAAGAGCUUCAAAAGGCCUGGGAAGCUGAUCCAAAUAGCGUGGACGAGUCAUGGGACAAUUACUUCAGGAAUUUUGUAGGACAGACAGGAACGUCAGCUGGAGUUUCAGGCCAAACAAUACAAGAGAGUAUGCGUUUGCUGUUGCUGGUUCAAGCUUACCAGGUUAAUGGCCACAUGAAAGCCAACUUAGAUCCAUUAGCUUUGGAAGAAAGGGAAAUCCCUGAUAAUUUGGACCCUGCUUUUCAUGGUUUCACAGAAACUGAUCUUGAUAGGGAGUUCUUUUUAGGAGCGUGGAACAUGCCUGGUUUUUUAGCUGACAAUCGUCCAGUAAUGACCCUGCGGUCCAUAUUAACUAGACUUGAGCAGGCGUACUGUGGGAGCAUCGGUUACGAGUACAUGCACAUCAGUGAUAACGAUAAGUGCAACUGGUUAAGAGAAAAGAUUGAGACAUCAACACCAGUGGCAUACAAUAGGGAGCGGCGUGAGGUUUUCCUUGAUAGGCUGACAUGGAGUACACAAUUUGAGAAUUUCUUAGCCACUAAAAUGAAAGCAGCAAAAAGAUUUGGGCUCGAAGGUGGGGAGACUCUAAUCCCCGGAAUGAAAGAGAUGUUCGACAGGGCCUCAGAUCUCGGAGUUGAGAAUAUAGUUGUUGGAAUGCCUCAUAGAGGAAGGCUGAAUGUCUUGGGCAAUGUUUUCAGGAAACCACUUGCCCAGAUAUUUAGUGAGUUUGACAAGAAUGCAAAGCCUGUCGACGAGGUUGGGCUUUACACAGGUACUGGUGACGUUAAAUAUCAUUUGGGAACUUCUUAUGAUAGACCAACUAGAGGAGGAAGGAGAAUUCAUUUAUCUUUGCUCGCAAAUCCAAGCCACUUGGAAGCUGUUGACCCUGUUGUUCUCGGAAAAACCAGAGCAAAGCAGUAUUACACUAAUGAUGUUGACAGGACAAAGAAUAUGGCUGUCGUGAUCCACGGGGAUGGCAGCUUUGCUGGGCAAGGUGUCGUAUAUGAAACCCUACAUCUGAGUGCACUUCCUAACUACACUACCGGGGGGACUAUACACAUAGUAGUGAAUAAUCAAGUAGCUUUCACUACGGAUCCGAGGUCUGGUAGAUCUUCACAGUAUUGCACUGAUGCUGCCAAGGCCUUCGAUGCCCCCAUUUUUCACGUAAAUGGAGAUGACAUGGAGGCGGUUGCUAUUGUCUGCGAGCUUGCAGCAGAGUGGCGUCAGACAUUCCAUUCAGAUGUCGUGGUUGAUAUAGUAUGCUAUCGUCGAUUUGGGCACAAUGAGAUUGAUGAGCCACUUUUCACACAGCCUAAAAUGUACAAGGUCAUUCAGAAGCAUCCCUCCUCUCUUGAUAUCUACCAAAAGAAACUUUUAGAAUCUGGAGAGGUCACUCAAGAAGAUAUCGAUAACAUACACAAAAAGGUGAAUUCAAUACUCAACCAAGAAUUCUUGAACAGCAAAGAUUGUGUUCCUAACCGAAGAGACUGGCUAUCAUCUCGUUGGUCUGGUUUCAAGUCUCCUGAACAGCUUUCACGUAUCCAGAACACAGGGGUCAAACCAGAGUUGUUGAAGGAAGUUGGUAAAGCAAUCACAGUCUUCCCAGAUGAUUUCCAGCCUCACAAACAAGUAAAAAAGGUUUAUGAUGAUCGUGCACGGAUGAUUGAGACAGGGGAAGGCAUUGAUUGGGCACUUGCAGAAGCACUUGCUUUUGCAACAUUGCUAGUAGAAGGUAACCAUGUUAGACUCAGUGGUCAGGAUGUUGAAAGAGGUACAUUUAGUCAUCGGCAUGCUAUGGUUCACGAUCAGGAGACGGGGAUGAAGUAUUGCCCUCUGGACCAUAUUAUGCACGGACAAAAUGAGGAAAUGUUUACUGUGAGCAACAGCUCUCUUUCAGAGUUUGGUGUUCUUGGAUUUGAAUUGGGCUACUCGAUGGAAAAUCCAAAUGCUUUGGUUAUGUGGGAAGCUCAAUUCGGCGACUUUUCUAAUGGGGCUCAAGUGAUAUUUGAUCAGUUCUUGAGCGCUGGUGAGGCAAAGUGGCUGCGUCAAAAUGGGCUUGUUGUGCUACUUCCUCAUGGUUAUGAUGGCCAGGGUCCUGAACAUUCAAGUGCUCGAUUGGAGCGUUUCCUUGAGAUGAGUGAUAGCAGCCCUUAUGUUCUACCUGAGAUGGAACAAACACUUAAAAAGCAGAUACAAGAAAGCAAUUGGCAGGUCGUGAAUGUUACCACUCCAGCCAACUACUUCCAUGUGUUACGACGCCAGAUACACAGAGAUUUCCGUAAGCCUCUGGUAGUCAUGGCGCCAAAAAACCUUCUUCGCCACAAGAAGUGCAAAUCAAAUCUUUCUGAAUUUGUUGAUGUCGAAGGCCACCCAGGUUUUGAUAAACAGGGCACCAAAUUCAAGCAGCUUAUAAAGGACGAAAACGACCACUCCGAUCUAGAGGAGGGCAUCAGGCGAUUGGUUCUUUGCUCUGGAAAGAUUUAUUACGAGCUUGAUGAAGAACGGAAAAGGGUUGAUGGCAAAGACAUUGCAAUUUGUAGGUUGGAACAACUUUGCUCCUUCCCAUAUGACCGCGUCCAACGAGAACUGAGGCGUUAUCCAAAUGCUGAGAUUGUUUGGUGCCAGGAAGAGCCGAUGAACAUGGGUGCUUACAGUUACAUCGCACCCCGUCUUUGCACAGCUAUGAAAGCAGUGGGCAGAGGAUCCUGGGAGGAUAUCAAAUACGCGGGCAGGGGUCCAUCUGCUUCAACAGCCACUGGCUUUCUUCAGGUUCACAAAAAUGAACAAGCUGAGCUUGUUCAGUUAGCCAUGCAGCCCCAACCAAUCAAAUUCUUCUGCUGA